UGUUGUUGGAAGCAGCAGUGGCGCGGGGCUGGGCAUGCGCAGUGGAGUAUCUCCGGUCACGCCGCUGCGUCUCAUUAAUAUUUAUAAGGACGCAGCGAAUGCUUGUAAUUGGCUCGUUCUCUGGGUGCCCAUGGCAACAAGCACGCACUCCCGUACAGACACAAAAUAGCUGAGGCAAGCGUGUUUUAUGAGCUAAACAUUAGUUAUUUUAGAUAAAUUACAUGGAAUUUUUUUAUUACAAACAAAAAUAUUUUUAAAGAUUUUUUGCAAGUCAACCAUAUAAAAUGGAAGAGGGGUCAUUAGAGGUAAAACAUGAAGAAAAUAACACACAGGUGGACAACACUGAAACAUUUGAGGACCCAACAGAGGCAGCAAGUGCCCAGGCUGAGGAAGAGGAAAGUGAUGAAACUGAACCUCCUAAUAUCUCAGAAGGUGUUGAGUUUGAUGUGGUCAAGCAGGAUUCACAGCUCUCAAUGGGCGUCCUGACAGAAGACAUGUCUAUUGCUGAGACAAGUGAACCACAGAUAGAUGAAACCGAUUUUGGGCAACAUAUGAUAACAGAAGUGGAGGAUGGAGUAGAACCCGAGACCUUGGAGGACACUGAGGGUCCUGAAAUAGGACAUUUCAUUGACGAUCUUCUAUCACGUGAGGACACUGAGGAUGAAGAGGAAAAGGAGGAGGACAGACUUCCAUCUCCUGACCCAGAGAGUGAGAAGACCAGCCCUCCUAAUGAAUCAACGGUGCCUCCAAAAGAAGAGGAGACUGGCCUCAACAUCAACAAUACAGAACUUAUGGAUCUAUUACAUGAACUACAGGCUGAGAGUGAAAAGCUCAGUAAGCUAAAUGGUCAGCUGCAGACCAAAAUAGCAGAAUACUUUAGCAAGAAGACAGGCGAUAAACAUCCCAGACUGGAAGGAGAUAUCUCAGACCAGGAGCAGUACCAAAAGUACAUAGAUCUCAUAGAGAAGCUCAAAGUGCAGCAUCACAGUUCUUCGGAGUUUCACCAACAGCAGAGUGAGGAGCUCCAUCAGCAGAGCUUAGAGAAACUGAAGCAGGUGGAGCAAGAGCUGAGAUCCUUAGCUGCAAUGAAAUAUGAGGCUGCCAUGACAUCACUGACUGGUAAGGUGGGCAAACAGGCAGCACUGGCAAAGGUGGAACAGCUGCAGGCAGACGAACUGAAGCAGGAAGACAAGCUGGCGUCGGUGCGUCUCAACAAUAUCAAGCUCAAAAACAAAAUAUGUCAGCUUGAGAUGGAACUUAAAUCCAAACGUGAGCUUGCCGAUGGCUUGCUGCUGAUGGACUUUGAGCAGCUCAAGACAGAGAACCAGACAUUCAAAGACAAGCUGAAGGAGCGCAGCGAGGAGCUACUUAGGCUGAAAAGGAAGGUUGCAUGCUCUGUGCAGGGCAUUUCCCAUGUGAAAGAGAAGCUGCACUUCAUGCAGAUGGAGAAUAAGGUCAAACACAAUCAACUGGCAAAGGCAGACGCAUUGGUGGCUCUUAAACGUGAAGUGCUGACACGUACCCGACAGGCUCGUGACGGCCUGCGUGCCGACAACCUUAAGCUGCAGCAGCGUUGUGGCCUGCUGGGAAACACCACCCUGCUGCAGGACUUUGAGGAGAAGGUAGACACCUCUGAGUGCCUGCAGCAGAGACUAGAGAUGUUGAAGAGACGUCACGCUGAGCUCAUGUUGAAGUGUGCUGGAGUCAAGCAGAAGAUCGAGCAAAGCAAACCAGAGGGCCAGUGACAACACAGGUGCACACGCUUACCCUCAGUAAUUGUGUUAAAUGUCUAGAGUGUAACUUGACAAAGCAUAUCAUAUGCAAAGCAUUAAACUUAGUUUUUACAAAAGUGAAAUAUUGGAUGAGAAAUAAUACUUUUAAUUAGUCAUCCUAAAUAGUAUUCAAAGUUUUUAUCUUUUGUCAAAGUUAUUUUCUUUUGUCAAGGUUAGAGCCCAAAAUACAAAGAACACAAGUUUUAAUUUACUCACAUGACUUCUGUAAUUUUGCUAGACUUAACUACUUUUUGAAGGAUGCUGUUGAAUUCUUUAUUCUUCAUACACUACCAGACAGACGUUUUUGAACAGUAAGAUUUUUAAUGUUUUUUUAAAGAAUUAUCUUUUGCUCACCAAGCCUGCGUUUAUUUGAUCCAAAAUACAGCAAAAACAGUAAUAUUGUUAAAUAUUUUUACUUUUUAAAAUAACUGCUUUCUAUUUGAAUAUAUUUUAAAAUGUAAUUUAUUCCUGUGGUCAAAGCUACAUUUUCAGCAUCUUCAGCGUCACAUGGUCCUUCAGAAAUCAUUCUAUUAUGCUAAUUGGCUGUUCAAGAAACAUUUAUUAUUAUUAUUAUCAUUAUCAAUAUUUAAAACAGUUGAGUACAUUUUUUUCAGGAUUUGUUGAUGAAUAGAAAGAUCUAAAGAUCAGCAUUUAUCUGAAAUAAAAAGCUUUUGUAACUUUAUACACUAUACCAGUUAUUAUAAAAACAGCAAAAGUGGGGAUAUUUCUUAGUGUAAAUAUAUCAUUAGAUGCUAAUCACUGUUUCAUUUGUAAGAAAUAAAGGUUUAUUGAAAUAUGUUAAUUGACAUAAAAACAAUAAAGCUUUAGGGUGACUUUUGCCUGUUAUGCCAGACUGAAGGAAUGUGUGUGCUAGAAGUCCAUCUAUUAUUAAGAUAAUGCAAUUCAAUGACUUAUCAUAGACUAUAACAUUUAAACUUUUGCCAAAAUAUCCGUUUUAAAGUAAUUAUGUUUGAAAUUGGUCACUACUUAGAAUAAAAUAGCCUGAGUUCAGGAAACAUUGAAAAAGGUUUGUUGUGACUUACUGUCGCCCAUUACAGCAAACUGGAGCAAGACAGAAAGUCUCCGUGAAAUGGCUUGAACUAUUUAUCUGUUAAAUCUGAUUAAUUUACAGACUGUAACUUAACAAAGCAUACCAUAUUUAGUUUUCAAAUGAAAGAAAUGCUGAGAAACGAUACGUCAAAUGUGUUAUCCCAAAUAAUAUCUACAGCUUUGUUAUUAUGUUUAUCACAGUGCCAGCAGAUGGCGAUAUUUGUUACAACAAGUCAACUGGGUGGACACUUCUGUUUAUUCUAAUACAUUCUAUUAUUCUAAUUUCA